CCUCCUGUUCUACAUCAUUAGUGUCUCCUUAAAAACCUUAAAAUCAGUUGUUGCAUCUGUGCAUUUCCGAAUGUAUCUGUGUUUUAUAGGCUUAGUUUCUUUUUGAAGAAGUUUUGUGGAGUUAUUUGGAGGUAGAAUCUGGAAAAUCUUGCAUGAUGAUAAAGGAGGAGGUUCCUGCGCUCAUGUUGGAGGAUGAAAACAGGAGGCUCAGUUUGUGCUCCAGCAGCUCAGGAGAGAGAUGUGACGACACGCGCUGUGAUUUCAGGGAAGCUGUUUGGAUGAUCAUGGCUGGACUGGAAUGCAACAAAUAUCUGUGUUUCUUACCAGCAAGAUGGAGCUGAUUUGAAGUGAAGACAUCUGACACCAUGAGGAUGAUGAUGCUGAGAAUAAAUAUCAUCAUUAUUUUGUGUCUUUCAGUCUUAUUGUUUUGUACCCGUCCCAUCUCAUCAGCUGAUGUUCAUAAAAGGUCAGUGAUACCCAGGGCAGUAUCCCGCUCGGUGGCAAGGAUGGAUGGCGAUAUCAUCAUCGGAGCUCUGUUUUCUGUCCAUCAUCAACCAUCGGCAGAGAAGGUCUCGGAGAGAAAGUGCGGCGAGAUCAGGGAACAGUACGGGAUCCAAAGAGUGGAAGCGAUGUUCCACACACUGGAUAGAAUUAACGCUGAUCCCAACCUUCUUCCCAACAUCACUCUGGGUUGCGAGAUCAGGGACUCCUGCUGGCACUCAUCAGUGGCUUUGGAACAGAGUAUUGAGUUCAUAAGAGAUUCUCUCAUUUCCAUCCGUGAUGAAAGAGACGGGCUGAAGUGGUGUGUUGAUGGAAAUCCUUCCGCUCAGCCACCGGCCACCAAAAAGCCCAUCGCUGGUGUGAUUGGACCUGGAUCCAGCUCAGUGGCCAUUCAAGUUCAGAACCUGCUGCAGCUGUUCAACAUCCCUCAGAUUGCGUACUCUGCUACAAGCAUUGAUCUGAGUGAUAAAACCCUCUUUAAGUACUUCCUUAGGGUCGUGCCCUCUGACACUCUUCAGGCCAGAGCUCUCUUGGACAUUGUUAAACGCUACAACUGGACGUAUGUGUCAGCAGUUCACACUGAGGGGAACUAUGGCGAGAGUGGGAUGGAGGCCUUCAAGGAACUGGCAUCUCAGGAGGGUCUGUGUAUUGCACACUCUGAUAAGAUCUACAGCAAUGCUGGGGAGAAACACUUCGACCGACUGCUGAGGAAACUGCGAGAACGUCUGCCCAAAGCUCGCGUGGUGGUCUGUUUCUGCGAGGGUAUGACUGUUCGUGGUCUCCUCAUGGCCAUGAGACGCCUUGGUGUAGCUGGAGAGUUCCUCCUCAUCGGCAGUGAUGGCUGGGCAGACAGGGAUGAGGUCGUGGAGGGCUACGAACAGGAAGCUGCUGGCGGCAUCACUAUGAAGCUACAGUCGGAGGAGGUCACGUCCUUCGAUGAGUACUACCUGAAGUUACGGCUCAACACCAACAAUAGAAACCCCUGGUUUGCUGAAUUCUGGCAGCAUCGUUUCCAGUGUCGCCUCCCAGGACACCCACAAGAAAACACGAAUUAUAAGAAGAACUGCUCAGGUUAUGAAAGCCUUGAGGACAACUAUGUCCAGGACAGUAAGAUGGGGUUUGUCAUUAAUGCCAUCUAUGCCAUGGCUCACGGCCUUCAUGAUAUGCAUGAGGACUUGUGCCCGGGUCACGUGGGACUUUGUGAGGCGAUGGACCCCAUUGAUGGCAGCAAACUGCUGGACUUUCUCCUCAAGACCUCCUUUACUGGCGUGUCUGGAGAAGAUGUGUGGUUCGAUGAAAACGGGGACUCGCCAGGCAGGUAUGACAUUAUGAACCUGCAGUAUGUAGAGCCUGGAGUCUACGACUAUAUAAACGUCGGCUUUUGGCAUGAAGGCAUUCUGAGUAUUGAUGAUGAUAUGAUCCAAAUGAACCGCAGUGAGAUGGUUCGAUCUGUCUGCAGUGAGCCCUGCUCCAAAGGAGAGAUCAAGGUGAUCAGGAAAGGGGAAGUGAGCUGUUGUUGGAUCUGUACGGCCUGCAAGGACAAUGAAUAUGUCCAGGAUGAGUUCACCUGCAAAGCCUGUGAGCUGGGAUGGUGGCCAGAUGAAGAACUGCAAGUCUGUGAGCCACUUCCCCUUCGCUACCUGGAGUGGAGUCAUCCUGAAUCCAUUGCGGCUGUUGUCUUUUCAUGUCUGGGCAUCCUAGUGACCAGUUUUGUCACCUUCAUCUUCAUACUGUACCGAGACACACCAGUCGUCAAGUCCUCCAGCCGUGAACUUUGCUACAUCAUCCUGGCUGGCAUCUUCCUGGGUUACAUUUGCCCUUUCACUCUCAUCGCCCGUCCCACCCUAGCCUCAUGUUACCUGCAGCGCCUCCUCGUUGGCCUCUCUGCCUCCAUGUGCUACUCGGCUCUCGUGACCAAGACCAACCGCAUUGCUCGCAUUCUGGCCGGCAGCAAGAAGAAGAUAUGCACGCGCAAACCGCGCUUCAUGAGUGCCUGGGCGCAAGUGGUGAUCGCGUUCAUCCUCAUCAGUGUGCAACUGACUUUGGAGGUCACGUUGAUUAUCUUGGAGCCUCCAGAGCCGAUCAAGUCCUACCCCAGUAUUCGAGAAGUGUUUCUAAUAUGCAACACCAGUAAUUUGGGCAUGGUGGCACCACUGGGCUACAAUGGCCUGCUCAUUCUCAGCUGCACCUAUUAUGCGUUUAAAACUCGCAAUGUCCCUGCCAACUUCAACGAGGCGAAGUACAUUGCCUUCACUAUGUACACUACCUGUAUUAUCUGGUUGGCCUUUGUGCCAAUUUACUUCGGCUCCAACUACAAGAUCAUCACCACAUCCUUCUCCGUGAGUCUCAGUGUGACGGUGGCUCUCGGCUGCAUGUUCACGCCAAAAAUAUACAUAAUCAUCGCUAAGCCCGAGAGGAACGUACGCAGCGCGUUCACCACCUCCGAUGUGGUGCGUAUGCACGUAGGCGAUGGAAAAAUUGCUUGCAGGAGCAACAGCCUGCUAAACAUGUUCAAACGUAAGAAGAACACUUCUGGAAAUGCCAAUUCUAAUGGAAAGUCUGUGUCAUGGUCUGAACCAGGUUCAAGACAUCCUCCGAAAGGGGAACACAUGUGGCACAGACUGUCUGUACAUGUGAAGAGGCAGGAAGCCGGAUCCAAUCAGACGGCUGUCAUCAAACCCCUAACUAAUACCUACAAUAACCCAGGCAUGGAGUUUUCCGAUUUAAGCACCAAGACUCUGUACAAUGUUGCUGAGGAGGAUGAGGGCGACCCGAUCAGAUACAAUCCUUCGGGCAGCCCUCCUCUGAUGGCUCUCAGGCAGUCGCCUGUCAGCAAGCCUAUGAAGGAGGUGGGCACCGAUCAUACCUUUUACACCCCUGAGCAACACGUGCCACAAAAAAACAGUGUUCUUCCCCAACAAGUUAUCGCAGACCACCUUCAGCAAGAGGUGGUCAAGUUCAGUUCAAACAUGCCCGAUCUGGAUGAGAUCAUAAGCCUGCCUGAGCCAGGCGACAGGGUGAUGCUGCCACUUCAACCCCAAAUAUUGCAUCCACAUCCGAUUUUGCCCAUGCAACUGGCUGCUUACCCAGAUGAGCCCGUCUCCCCUUUGGAGGACGUUGAAAAUGAGCAGUUUGGACUUCUCCAUGGCUACAUGUAUGACAAUGCACAGAUCCAUGACGAGGAGGAGUUGGUGCAGAUCAAAAUGGCAAUGGAGGACUCUCUGGCUCUGAUGCCACCUUCUCCGUUUCGUGAUUCUCUCGGCUCGGGCAGCCCCAUUGCCAACUCCCCGGUGUCCGAGUCCAUCUUAUGCACGCCGCCGAGUUUGACGUACGCGUCCGUCAUUCUCAGAGACUAUAAGCAAAGCUCCUCGACCCUUUGAAACACAUUUAUUUUAGAAGAUCAUGUCAGCUAGUUUUGUGAAAUAAUAGCUACUAGUUUGUACAAUGAUGUGACUUAAGUCGCCUGCACUGGAGAGCUUUAAUAUUAUAUUUGUUUGAUAGCAGAGCAUUUAAAGAGACUGUAUGGAAGUGGAUGUAUGUUGAGCAGGGUCCAAAAUUAACAAGUGCCAAAUGCAAGUUCAAUUUGCUAGUAUGUCUUUUAAAGUUUCACAUAGACAUGGAGAAGCUUGUGUACAAUAUAUUUAUUUUCAAUGAGCCAGUGUUUAUUUUUUUUAGUAUCAUUGGUACACUAUUAUAGUUUUAUUAAUAUUUUGAGCAAGUUUUUAUUUUCAGUUUUAAUUUUAGUUAAAGUUUUAGUAAUUUCUUAUAUAUAUAUAUAUAUAUAUAUAUAUAAAUAAUUUAGUAAUUUUUUUUAUCUCUAUAUAGUUUUGGUAACACUUUUUUUACAGUGUCGUAGUUACACGUUACUACAUAUACUUACUAUAGUAAUAACAGUAAAUUAUGCAUAAUUACAAGUAACUAACCCUAAACCAAACCCUAACCCUAACUGUAACUCUAUCCGCUUGUUAAGUCGUGACAUAAGGAACGCCGUUUCCGGGUCCAAGCCUCGACUCGUUUCACUUGAGAAUGCCAUCUCUACGGCCGUUUAUGGGCGCUAUUUAUUCAUAAUAAACAUUUAACAUUUUAAAAAGUUAAACAUUUAAAAUACUUACAGUCUAUACAACAGUCUCCAUGCUCACAGCGUCACAGACAUUAAUAUUUUAACGAUUUAUAAAAGAUGAAUCACUGUCUGGCCAUCUGGGAUUUUGGUAUGGAGAUAAAGGUAAUGAUUAUAAUUUUUUGGAAGUAUUACACCACAUUGUGUGUGUAUAUUUGCACCGUUUGUUGUUUUCUUGUGGUAUGAGAUAGAGCGUUUGAACCCGGAAGCGCUGCCGCGUGACGUCAGACAACCAAAUAGUAAGUACAUGUAGUUAAUUAAUAGUACUCAGUACUUAUUUGAGUAAUUACAAUGUAACUACGGCACUGUAAAAUAAAGUGUAACCCUAGUUUUUAUCGCUUUUCAUUUCUGUUUGAGUUAUUUAGUACUUCAGGUUGAACUAAAUGAAAAUGAGAAAUGUUGCAUUGGCAACUAGCUGAAAUAAACUUUACAUUUUUUAUAUUUUAUUUCAGUUAAUGUUUAUUUUAUUUCAAGUAAUGGAAAAAGUUUUUUAUGGUUUUAGAUUUAGUUAACAAUAAUACCCAGAAAUGAAAGGAAAAAAAUAGUAAAAUACUGUUUAAUAGCAGGUACAUUUUCUCAAUUCACCCACAAUUGACAAAUGUGGCAAAAAAAAAAAAAAAAAAGUUAAUUUUGGACCUUAAUGUCAAUGCUGGAUUGAGUAAAAGCAGAAACCCAAACAUGCAGGAGCCCUUUGAUUUCUGUCACUAUCACUUGCUUUAGUAUGGCAGCAGUAGUUGACAUGAAACCAACACCAGUCAUUGUAAUGCUGUAUAUUCUGCGCUGAUUAUGCUUUUAAUUAUAGAUCAAAUCAUCUAAAGGACUAAAAGGAAAUAACCAUUGUAGCAGAACCUGAAGAUUUAGAAUUUCAAAGAAUGUGCAGCAACUCCUAUGAGUGACCAUUUAAUGUGUUUAAUGUGUUUUAUACAAUCAGUCUACAUGACUUUUAUAAACUACAUUUUAAAACUGAGAAUAUAUUAAAUAAACAUGAUCAUCAAACAGUUAUAGGUCUAGUUAAAGCAUCAUAUCAUGCAGCGUAUGUAUGCUGUAAACUAAGUGUAGAUAACCAAUGCCUACAAUGUAGCUUUAAAUGGAUAAUGUUUAAGUGCCAAUGUCAAUACUAACUGUAUUUUUCCAUGCUGUGUUAUUUUUGAUGUAAUUUUUGUAUAGUUGUGUUUGAAGUACAAUAGAAAGUGUAUAUAUUCAUUUUCUUCCAUUCAUGUGAUUUUUUUGUAAUGAAGUAAUGAAGUAAUUGUAUAGCUUUGGAUUUAAAUGGUCAUAACUUAAAGUCAGAGUUUGUGUUAUUACAUAGACCUUUUCAAUAGACAUUAUUGAUUGUUGAGUUUCAAUGCCUGUAUUUAGUAACUGUUGGUUGAAUGUUUUCAUAUCAGUUCCGAACACUUAUAUGCUUUAUACAGUCAGUGUGUAAAUGAAGAUUCUAGAACCCCUUGCUCAACAGGGCCACCGACGGCAGUUUCACCAGAAUGUAUCACGAGUCCUCAUAUGUGUGCGGCAUACCUAUCCUCUAGUUGUUAUGACCAUUUAAGUCUUGUAUGAUAUGAUGUUUACUAAAUUAUUAUAGAAUUUUAACUUUUUAAGCAAUUGUAGAGAAAUGUACUGUAACUUUUUUAGAAAUUAUCUAAAAUGAUUGUGCUGUAAGUUUUAUUUUUUUCUGUCGCAGUGCAAUAUGUGUUUGUUUCUGAGCUUGUCAGAUAGCAUAUAGUCUUGAAAGUAUACUUUAGCUUUAAGAGAACAUUUGUUCUAUUAUAUUUUUGAAAAGAAUCAUUGCUACCGUAUAUAGCCUAGAUGUAGAUAAACUACAUGUUUCUACAGAUUAAUAUAGUUCUGCUACAUUUGUCAGAAAUUGCUUAGCUUAUCAUUUUAUUGAGCAUGUUUUAUUGGGUUUAUGAUAAAUAUUGUACAUAUUGUAAAUAAGCUCUCAGGGUUGUUGCUGAAGUAGAUGUUUAGUUAAUAAUUUCCCAAAAUGUGACUAGUUAUUGCUUUCAUAUGACAAUGUUAAAGAACUGUCUACAACACUC